AUGAAGGGCAACAGCAACGGCAGCGCACCGGGAAGCCCGGACUCGCUCGCGGCGGCGGCGGAUGCCCGGGCCCUCGCCGUCGCCGUCGAUGGCGGCGGCGGCGGAGGCGUUACUUCUUCCAAGAAGAAGGUGAAGGACCUGAAGCUCCGGCCGUCGGGGACCUCGCGCACGCUGCGGCUCAAGAAGCAGGCGCAGUUCACCCCGUCGCCGUCGGAGUUCAAGUCCCGGGAGAGGCAGGACGUCGUGGACCAACCCUUCUGUGGGGUGUGCGCGGCGCCGUUCACCCUGAUGAUGAGACGUCAGCGCUGCGCCGUCUGCGCGGAUAGCGUCUGCGCGCCCUGCUCGAGCGACAAGCGUCACGUCGAAGGUCAAAAGGGCCUGCAGCGCGUGUGCGACAUCUGCAUCGUGGAGGGACCGGUGGUUCUCGACGAGAACGGCAUGUACGCCGCCAGCCCUUCCCCCGCCGCCACCCCGUUGCCCAUCGGCACCGCCGCACCCUCCGCCGCCGCACCCGCCGCCGCCGCCGUCGCCAACCCGUCGGUUGCCGCGGCCGCGCAGCCCCGCCCGACCUCGUCCUCGUCCGGGGAACGGGAACGCUCAUCACCCGCUCCAACGGUGGCGGCGGCGGCGGCGGCGGCUGCGGCGGCGGCGGCUUGCUCCCGCGUCAAGCCUCGGAAGUCGCCCGCGACGGCAACGGUCAAGGCGGCCGCCGACGCGGCCAAGCUCCGUCCCAAGUCGCAGGCUUCGGCGGCGGCAGCGGCGGCGGCAACGUUCAAGCCGCCCAGGUCGCCCGUGACGGUGACGACGGUUGCCAAGGGUAGCGGCGGGCACAGCAUGAGCGGCGGUGGUAUUCGUGGAGGCGGGGGUAAGGGCACCGCCAAGGAAUACUUCAGCAACGCGGCGGCGGCGGCGGCGGCUGCCGCGGCUGAGGGAGAAGAGGCGGUGACGAGUGAAUCGGAAAGGGGCCACAAGGGAGCCGCAGGCAAGCAGGAGGCCUCCGUCACCGUGGAGGCGGAGAUGCGCGCGGCCGCCGGAGCGGAAGCGCUUGGCGAUGAGGAAGACGGGGAGGCAGAGGGGGGCCCGCCGUCCUCCGUCUCCAACACGUCCAAGGGCCGCAAGCGCGGGAAGAAGGCUCGCCGGGCCGCCGCUGCCGACUCGAAGACUCCGCAGGACAGGAGGCAGCAUUCUUGGUCGAGUCAGAGCUUCAGCGACUACGGCGGAGGAGGCGGCGGCGGCGGCAACACGCCGGGAACGAGGUCCUCCAGGUCCACCCCCCGCAGCAACGGCGGCAACGACUUCUCCCACGCCGGCGGCGGCAGCGGCGGCGGCGGGGCGGGCAACACCGCCCCGUUUUGCUCCACCGCUGUGGCACUGGCAGGGACAGCAUCGAAGACGGCGGCGACUGCGGCCCCAGGAGGCGGAGGAGGGUCGAAGGGAAAGUGGGAGUCCGUGGGGGGGCAAAGGCGUUCUGCUGGCUCGGGAGUAGGCGAGGCCGGGACCAGCGACGACGGGCCGCAAGCGCAAGGGGGAGUGGCCAGCGCGUUCGUGAUGGAUUUCGUUCGCGGGGCGGGGAUACACCGGCUCGAUCCCCGACGCAUCGGGGGGGAAGGCGGCGCGGUCAGCGCGUUCGUGAAGGAUUUCGUUCGCGGGGCGGGGAUUCACCGGCUCGAUCCCCGACGCCUGUCCGACCAACUCACCCUCGUCGUCUCUUGGACGGGCCUCGAUCGGGCGUGGGCCGGAGCCUGGGUGCUCAUCCGCAAGCUCCUCCAAAAGCUUCUCGAGAUGAGCCAAGAGCGCGGCCGCAGCGGCAACGGCGGCGGCGGCACCGGGCGGUCCCGCAAGGCAACAGGGGGGGGCAGGGGCGGCCACAACCACCACUACGUGGGCGCGGCGGGGUCGCACCAGCAGUGGCAGCGCCGCUGGAGGCCCGGCCGACGCGUCGCGGCGGCGGCGUCCCUGACGUUGCUGGCGUCUUACCGUCGCUACCAGGUCACCCACCCGGAGGUGACGACAGACCACGUCCUCGGCGCGGCCUCCUCCCUCGUCCUCGCGCUCGCGGCCUUCCUUGUCCGUGCCGCCGCCGACCUAACCAUCGAUGCCUGUGGAGCCGUCAUCCCGAGCCUCUGCGGCACGCGGGAGUCUCGCCUGGAGGCCGCCUACCGCCGCCUCCAGCAGCAGAGGGGCGACGGCGGGGGUGAGGAGGGGGUGGGGGGUGGGGGGGAUGCUGGGCGGGAGGGUGGGGUCCGUCCUGUUGCGGAGAAGGUUGGGGGGCCGGCGGCGGAAGGGCACGAGCUGGAUCAGUACUUUAUUCUGUGACGUGGCAGGGUCGAGGGUCGUUGUAGGUGGAGGGCGGAGUGGAGGUAUUCUACGAUUUUAGUGUUUUUUUUGUGGCCACCAGCUGAAAUCGACGGUGUCCCGGGUGUCUUUUGUGUUUUUUGUCUCGAUGGUUUUCGUCGCAAGGCUUGCUUCUUGUCUCGGGAGCGUCGCGAGCGCGCGUGCAUGAAAUGUCUGUUUGAACCGUGUUUUUUUUCUACCAACCCUUUCAAGAGAGACCUGGCGCAGAGGGUCCGACGGGUACGAGGGAUGCCAAAUGACGACAAGAGUCGAAACACGCUGCGAAGCGUGGACAUCAACUUCUGCCUGGACAUUUCUUCCUGACGUCCUCGCUCGCGGCAGUUUGCUGGUGUCAGUUGUUGUCGGGGUUGAACGCGUGCCUUGGGUGCCCAACUCUCGGAUUCGCCCUCCGCUCCCCCAGGGCAGUGCAGGCCAACCGGACCGAGUAGGGCCGUGUAGCAGUAUCAGGAGACGCUGUUGGGAGCCGUGCUGUAAGAGCCGACUCCUCUGGGAAGAAAGAGGUGGGCGGCUGAGGAGCACCCGACGUUUAACCGUUGCACCCGAAGAAAAACUACAUGUACUUGAUGCGUUUUGUUUGUUUGCGAAGUUUGCGGCGUGGUUCUUCGGCUGCUGUUCCGGUUUGGUGUGUAUCCCUCUGUCAUUGUUUUUAGUUCGGCCGAGGGGGGUGGUUUUGUGUGGGUCGUUUGCUGCGGAAUCAACAGCG